AUGCGUUCUGUAGUAGAAAUAGGAGCCAGUGUCCCAGCUUUUUUGGGAAAAUUGUGGAAACUGGUCAAUGAUUCAGAGACCAACCAUCUGAUAUCGUGGAGUCCUGGAGGAAAGACUUUUGUUAUAAAAAAUCAAGCUGAUUUUGCCCGGGAGUUGCUACCUUUAUACUAUAAGCACAAUAAUAUGGCAAGCUUCAUUCGACAGCUAAAUAUGUAUGGUUUUCAUAAAAUUACAUCUGUUGAAAAUGGGGGCCUGAGAUAUGAGAAAGAUGAAAUUGAGUUUUCACAUCCUUGCUUCAUGAGAGGUCACGCUUAUUUACUUGAACACAUCAAAAGAAAGAUUGCAAAUCCUAAAUCAAUUGUUGCAAAUAGUGAAGGUGGGGAAAAAAUUAUAAUAAAACCAGAGCUUAUGAAUAAAGUGUUAGCUGAUGUUAAACAAAUGAAAGGAAAACAGGAAAGUCUAGAUGCAAAAUUUAGUGCAAUGAAACAGGAGAAUGAAGCUUUAUGGAGGGAAGUAGCCAUACUUAGACAGAAACAUAUAAAACAACAACAAAUUGUAAACAAUUUGAUUCAAUUCUUAAUGUCACUAGUUCAGCCAGCUAGAGCACCAGCGGCUAGUGGUAACAAUGUAGGUGUAAAGAGACCCUAUCAAUUAAUGAUAAACAGUGCAGCUCACAAUGUCAGUGAUGCAUACCCAGGGACAAUUAAGAAUAUUAAACUAGAUAAAGAAAACUUAUUAGAAGAGACAAAUGAGGAUAAUUUGGAGGAUGGACCAACAAUUCAUGAAUUAGCACAUGACGAUAUUCUAAAUAAUGAUGCUUCACAAGACUCAUUAGAUGCAACUGGCUUUGUAACCGUUAAUUUAUCAUCUGUACCUAUUAUCAAUUCUGGCAAUACUGAUGGUGCAACAUUACCCACUCAAUACCAUGUUACAAUGGAGGACGAUGAAGAUACUGAAACAGAUGGAAUAAGACUACGGUAUCCCAACAAUUUUACCAAUGGCAUGUUAAGAAGUCCCAACGCUCAACCAAUUGUAACUUCACCAUCACCUACAAUUACUUCUGCAUCUCCAAUAGGUCAAUCUGCAAUGGAACAAAUUUUUGUUACUGUACCAAGCACUUCAAAACCUAAAACAAAAACCGGCAAGAAAAAUGUGUCUCACACAAAGAAUAUCAACAACAUAACAUUAAACAAUUAUAAUACUAUAAAUCCAUCUGCUGAUUUUAAGCUUCCUGCUGAAAUAUUUGCAAGUGAUGAUUCUAUAAGUGAUGCUGGAGCUGGUGGGACUGAUGACAUAAAUAAUUUGAAUGAACUUAAUGGAAACGAUUUAGUUAUGUCUACAUUAAAAGACAAGUUGCUAGGAGGAAUUAAUAUUAAGGUUGAAAGGGCUGAGCCUGUUCCAAGUAGUACAGAGAAAAAAGCUAAGAAAUCCAAAGAUAAUACAAACAAUUUUAAUUUAGCUGAUAUAAAGACUGAACUUCAAGAUGAUUUUGAUUGGAAUAACAUGACCUUGGCUACAGUACACAACAAUCCAAACCUCAAUAAGUUACAAACAAUGUAUAGGAGGGAUAACAACAACCACAAUGGAGAGGAUUAUUCUCUUUUCGCAUCAAAUUCAAACAAGAACGAUAUUGAUGACCAUUUAGACACAAUGCAAACUGAUCUGGAAUCUUUGCGGGAUCUCUUAAGAAGUGAUUCUUAUUCAUUUGACACCAACACAUUGCUAGGGACUCCUGAAACAAGCUUGCAGACAACGAUGUCUUUCAACCCAUCUUUGAAUGAGCACAUACAAAAUGGACAUUUGUUUGGAUCAGAUGACCCAUUCUACGGGUUGUCUUACAAUGCAACCGAUGAGCGAGCUAAAGCUACCAAUGCGAAGAAGAUGAAAGGUGAGAUUUCAAAUGUAACCUGUGACGAGACUCGCGUCCAGAGCCCUUUCAAUGAGGAUGAUGCUGAAGGGAAUCAGUUAAUCUCGUAUACAGGGAAUAUUCCAGACUUUGAAGACAUUUCAAUACCAGAUUUGGAUGCAGAUAAUUCCAUGUCACCGAGCCCGAGUAGAUCCACCCUUAAUACACCGCAAAUCGAACUUCGGUCGCCAUCCUUUGUUCUAAAACACUGA